AUGAGGGGCAUGGCCAUGGGCGGCGACAUGGGGGCGAUGACGAUGACGCCGCCGCGGGCCGCCGACCACGCGACGGCGACGCCGCACAAGAUGACGGGGAUGAUGCACAUGGCCUUCUUCUGGGGCGACCGCGCGGUGGUCCUCUUCCCGGGCUGGCCGGGCGACCGCGGCGCCGGGAUGUACCUCCUCUGCCUCCUCCUCGUGCUCGCCCUCGCCGCGCUCACCGAGGCGCUCGCGCUGCUCUCGCGCCGCGUCGCCCGGCGCGGCGGCGGCGGGGAGGCCACGGCGUCCUCCGCGGCGCUACUCACGGCGGUGCAUGCCGCCAGGAUGGGGAUGGCGUACCUGGUGAUGCUGGCCGUCAUGUCCUUCAACGUCGGCGUGCUCCUCGCGGCCGUCGCCGGACACGCCCUCGGGUUCCUCCUCGCGCGCAGCAGGGUGCGCACCGGCGCCACCCGUGGGAGUGGCGACGCGUCCCCGGAGCUCUGUGGCAUCCCGCCGUCCAACGGAUCCAAGCCUUAG